AUGCGGCUGCGACUCCGUAAACGAGCUGCUAGCCACUCGUCUCUAUCCACUGCAACAGCCGAACAGCUCCGUCGACGAGUCGCUCGUGUCAAGAAAGCCAAGCGCCCCAAAGAGGUGCGUGUGUUCAAGCGGCGGCUGCAAUUGGCAGUCCGCGUAGCCGUGGGCGUCCUCUUGGCUGGGGUCGUGCAGACACAUGGCGACGAGCGCGAGUGGCUCUUUUUGCCUGCCAGUUACUACCUCGGAGGACUCACGGUCGCCUCGAUGAUGGUCAUCUACGCGGCGGCAAACACCGUCGGUGGCGUGCUCGAACAAGUGUGGCAGAUCGACGUCGGGGUCGCGAUCGCGCUCCUGUACAACUUUGUCGUCUUUGCCUGUGUGCCCAUCAAGCAAGGCAAUCUCUUGACGGUCUCCAAGAAUCUCAACGGUAGUACGUACUACGUGAGUCUGCAAGACUGGGGCAUCACUCUGCCUCUGCUUGCGCUUUUCACCUUGGUAGUUCUGCUCUUGCCUAUUGUACGACCACUUUCGUGUGUAUAA